CCGCGCUCGGCACAACCCCCGCGGGCGGAGCGGAGGAGCCGCGGGGGCGGUGUGGCUGCGCCCUGGGAAGGCCGGCGAGCGGCGGAACCGGUGGUCCCUGCGCAAUGGCUGCUUCGGUGUUCUGUUGCCUGCGGUGCUGCAGAGACGGCGGGACCGGCCACAUCCCACUGAAGGAGAUGCCGGCCGUGCAACUGGACACGCAGCACAUGGGAACAGAUGUUGUCAUUGUAAAAAAUGGAAGAAGAAUAUGUGGAACAGGAGGUUGUUUAGCAAGUGCACCUUUACAUCAAAACAAAAGUUACUUUGAAUUCAAAAUCCAGUCCACAGGAAUCUGGGGUAUUGGUGUUGCAACUCAGAAAGUUAACUUGAACCAGAUUCCUCUUGGCCGAGAUGUACACAGUUUGGUAAUGAGAAAUGAUGGAGCCCUGUACCACAACAAUGAAGAGAAAAACAGACUGCCAGCAAAUAACCUUCCACAGGAGGGAGAUGUGGUGGGUAUUACAUAUGACCAUGUAGAAUUAAAUGUAUACUUGAAUGGGAAAAACAUGCAUUGUCCAGCAUCAGGUAUACGAGGGACAGUGUACCCAGUUGUUUAUGUUGAUGACAGUGCAAUUUUGGAUUGCCAGUUCAGUGAAUUUUAUCAUACUCCUCCACCUGGUUUUGAAAAAAUACUAUUUGAACAGCAGAUCUUCUGAAUGUAUUUGUUUUUGAAACUUAUAUUUCUGCACUGUUAAAAGUGUUUACCAUUUAAUAAAGCUUUAACCUGACUAUAUAGAUGAAAAUAUAUUCUUCAAAAAUGCCUAUGAUGUUGUUUUAAGGAACCAAUGUAUACGUUAUACCAACAGGAAGUUGUGAUUUAAAACACUAAUGUUUUGUGUGUGAAAUCAGCAUCUUUGGUGGUUUAUAUUUAAUUCUUAUUUAAAUAAAUGUAAUUAUAGAUUUGGUUAACAGUAUUAAAUGGAAAUAUGUGUAUAGAUAUUUAAAAGAAAAUCUUAUAUAAAAUAUUUGUUUUGACAGAGAUGAAGAUUAGUCUGGGUUUUGUUUGUUAUUGUGAAGAUUAGACCUCAUUAAUUUGAAAUCUAAUAACUUUGUGUCAUGGUGUCCUUUUAAAAUAUAUAGUAAAACAAUGAAAUCUCAGUGA